UGCUUUCUCUCUGCUCAGGUCAAAGCUGGCACUCUGUAAUCUGUAUUUAGCCUCUCUCUCUUCUAUUUCUCUUCUCUUAUUUACAUCUACAUUCCCUCUCUCUCCCCCUUCACUUCUCUCUCUUCUCUCUCUUCACUUCGAAGAGGAAAAAAAAAUGAGUAUUUGAGAAGCUUUCUCUCAAAACCAACAAGUGAAGCAUUUUAAUGGUUGAUCAUUAUACAUCAACCAUGGCUGCCUCUCCUAAUUCUUCUAUUUCUUGUUCUGAAAAGAAACAUUGGUGGAUAAGCAAUCGAAAGAUUGUUGAUAAAUAUAUCAAAGAUGCGAAAUUUCUCAUUGCUACUCAAGAACCCAACGAGAUUGCUUCAGCGGUUAAUCUUCUCGACGCGGCUCUUGCUCUGUUACCUCGUUUUGAGUUAGCCCUUGAGUUAAAAGCUCGAUCUUUACUCUAUCUCCGGCGAUUCAAAGACGUCGCCGAUAUGCUACAAGACUACAUUCCCAGUCUGAAAAUGCCCGUCGAUGAGACAUCGUCGUCGACUUCGUCAUCUGGGUCGUCGGAUAAUUCAUCGACACAGUUCUCGAGAGAGAGAAUGAAGCUACUUUCGUCGGGUAGUGGGUCACCGGGUCGUGAUGAACCCGGGUUCAAGUGCUUUUCCGUGUCCGAUUUGAAGAAGAAAGUUAUGGCCGGAAUCUACAAAAACUGUGAUAAAGAAGGGCAAUGGAGGUACUUGGUUCUUGGUCAAGCUUGUUGCCAUUUGGGUCUAAUGGAAGAUGCAAUGGUACUCUUACAGACCGGUAAACGCAUUGCUACGGAUGCAUUCCGUCGCGAAAGCAUUUGCUGGUCGGAUGAUAGUUUUUCAUUUGCUAAAUUUCCAAUCUCCGGUGAACCGGGCAUUGGAAAUAGCCAGCCUCCGACUCCUCCUAAAACGGAGUCGGAGAGCAUUUCUCAACUGCUCAGUCAUAUCAAGCUCUUGCUUCGUCGAAAGACGGCUGCAAUUGCAGCUCUUGAUGCGGGUCUUUAUUCAGAAGCUAUAAGACAUUUUUCUAAAAUUGUGGAUGGUCGACGUGGGGCUCCACAAGGAUUUUUAGCUGAAUGUUACGUGCAUAGGGCCUCAGCAUAUCGAUCUUCUGGUCGAAUUGCUGAGGCGAUUGCUGAUUGUAAUCGAACAUUAGCAUUGGACCCUUCUUGCAUUGAUGCUCUUAGAACUAGAGCUGCUUUGUUUGAAACUAUUCGAUGCUUGCCUGACAGUCUUCACGAUCUUGAACAUUUGAAACUGUUGUAUAAUUCAAUUCUACGGGAUAGGAAAUUACCUGGACCUGUAUGGAAGCGUCAAUGUGUGCAAUACAGGGAGAUUCCAGGGAGGCUUUGUUCAUUGGGUGCCAAAAUGCAAGAAUUGAAGCAGAGAGUUGCUUCUGGUGAAACGAAGAAUGUAGAUAACUACGCGUUGAUUGGUUUGAGGCGGGGUUGUUCAAGGUCUGAAUUGGAAAGAGCACAUCUUUUGCUCACUUUAAGACACAAGCCUGAUAAAUCAACAAGUUUUGUGGAGAGGUGUGAGUUUGCGGAUGAAAAGGAUGUUGAUUCUGUAAGGGAUCGCGCAAAAUUGUCUUCCUUGCUAUUGUAUCGAUUGAUCCAGAAAGGUUAUACAAAAUUAAUGACAACAAUCAUCGAUGAAGAAGCUGCUGAGAAACAGAGAACUAAGGCAGCAGCUGCAUUACAAGCAAUGCAGCAGCAGCAGCAGCAGCAACAACAAGUUAAGCAAACUCAAGAACUACAACAAUCUCGAGCUGAAGCAAUCAGCAAUGCAGCAUCAAGAAGAGCAGUCGAGGCUGCUGCUACGUCGAAUACUACUUUAAGAGUACCUCCAAAGGCUGCUGCUAAUACUACACCAUCACGAGAGGCUGCUGCUAAUACUACACCAUCACGAGAGGCUGCUGUUAAUACUACACCAUCACGAGAGGGUGCUGCUAAUACUACACCAUCACGAGAGGCUGCUGUUAACACUACUACAUCGUGUAACAACAGCAGGGCAGAAAGCAAAGUGGUGGUUUCAACCUCAACAAAUGCAUCUUCAUUUCAAGGUGUGUUCUGUAGAGACCUUGCAAUUGUUGGGAAUCUGUUGUCUCAAACUGGAACCGGGUUUAAUCGCACUAUUCCUAUGAAAUAUGAGGCACUGAGCUGCUAAUUCAUCGUAGAAAUCCGAUGAAGAACAACGAUUUAAUUAGCUUGGACAAUGUUUAUACUAUCGGCUCGCGCAUGCAGGGGAAAAUCCUAAUUUGGUACCAAUAUCUUUGUACAAAAGGCAAAAAAAAAUAUGAAAUUACUAUUUGCAGCCGGGAAAAUUUUGCUACUUUAUUUUUGUUUUUCUUUUGUUGUCAAUCUUUUGCACUACAUGUAAUGUACAUAUAGUUAAAUUCAGCACCUAAAUUAUCUACUACUAGUACUUCUUUUUGUUA